AUGUCUUGGAGAAGUGAUAUUCGUGUUAUUAUUGGUUUAGAUUUUGGUACCACUUUCUCAGGAUUCGCUUACUGUCACAUAUCAGACGCUAACGAUAUCUGUACAAAUGAUAAGUGGCCUGGGGAAGCUGGUCAAUUGAAGACAAAUACAGUACUCCAAUAUGACUCUAGCUUUACAAAUGUUGAACAAUGGGGAAAUCCAGCAUUAUCUAAACGACCAAAUCGAAGGAAUAAAAAAGAUUCGAAACCUAUUGAAUUGUUUAAAUUACAUCUGGGCAAUUUACAGGAACAUCUUAGACCUAAACUUCCGGUUAAUUAUAAGAAAGCGAUCACGGACUACCUUCGUGAAUUUGGAAAGCUAAUCAAUGUAACGAUUAAUGAACGAUGGAAUGGUAUUAACUUUACCGAAAAUGUUCUUUUAGUUUUCACCGUUCCCGCUGAAUAUACGGAAAAAGACAAGGCUAUAAUGAGAGAAUGCGCAUUUAAUGCUCAAUUAAUUGGAGAUAAAAGUUCGCAAAAACUACAAUUUACUACCGAACCCGAAGCAGCAGCGCUUUAUUGUAUGGAAAAUAAAUUAAAGGAAUAUGAUUUGUUAACUACAGGAACGACUUUUAUGAUCGUUGACUGCGGCGGAGGGACGGUCGAUUUAACCACUCGCAAGCUAAUUGGAACUAAAGAAUUGGGCGAAAUCACCGAACGUAUUGGAGAUUUUUGCGGAAGCACAUUUAUUGAUACAGAAUUUGUUGAAUUUUUACGGGGAAAACUCGGAAGUCAUGCCAUAAAAUUAUUAAAGGAAAAUAAUUAUGGUCAAUAUCAAUAUAUUGUUCAAGAAUUUUGUCGACGUGUAAAAAAACCUUUCACGGGAGAGGAUACAGGAUUUCUUUAUGAAUUAGAUAUUGAAGAAGUUGCUCCAGUUUUAUUACAGUAUGUUAAUAAAGAAAUCAAAGGUCUUAUGGAAGAUAAUGAAUGGUUGAUCGAUAUCAAAUAUAACGACGUAAAAAAAAUGUUCGAUCCUGUUAUUGAUAGAAUUAUUCGUAUGAUACAUAUACAACUUUUAAAUAAUCAAGAAACGUGUUCAGCAAUGUUUUUAGUUGGAGGCUUUAGUGAAUCAAAAUAUUUACAAAAAAGAAUCAGGCAAGAAUUUCAACAUAGAGUAAAAACGAUUUCAGUUCCUAACCAACCCAUAGCAGCAAUUGUUCGUGGAGCAACUAUAUACGGAUUAAGUUUAAAAAAUUCUUCUAAUACAGACAAAAUGAAUAAUCUCAAGUUCGUCGUGAUUUCUACUCGUAAAUUGAAAUUUACAUAUGGUGUAAAAGUUUUUCCAAUGUGGCAAGAAGGAAAUCCACCUCACCGUAAAGAAGAAGAUGGACGUAUCGCUAUUUUUAGCCAAAUUGUAAAAAGAGGAACCGAAGUAAAGGUCAACCAAGAAUUUGGUUCAUGUUUUGUUCCGGUUGAUCCAAAUCAAACGGGAAUAAUAUUUCAAUUAUAUUAUACAACCGAAUAUGAUGCAACAUAUUGUGAUGAUCCUGGAAUGGAAUUAUUAGGAACACUUAGUAUUGACCUUCCCGAUAUUCAUUUAGCUUGUGCUAGACCGGUUAACUUUGGAUUUUCUUUUGGACAGAUGGAGAUUACAGCAUUCGCAAAGAAUAAACUUAAUGGACAAAACUUCCAAACAAAGUUCGAUUUAUCAACGGAUCCUUGA